GUGAGAGGUGUUCCCAAAAAACUAGAAUACAACACAUAUGAGCGAAUGGAGAAUACCAUUCCUACAGCAGAGGUCCGGCUUUCAUAUUCGUUAUAAACAUGAAGACACUAUAGUUUCAUCGUCGUUUGUCAUAAGCCUAUAAAGACGAAGACCUGUAACAACGGACAAUACGCAGCAAGGUAUAUCACAAUGAAUAAAACAGAACAAAAAGGAUCCAAAAACGUUGUAUAUGAAGCAGUUACACAGACCCUCGAUGAAGCUUUACAAACAGAUUCAAAUACGCAUAGAACAGGCCAAAUACCAAUAAACGAUGUUGGUAUACUAUCGUAUAUUUUUCUGUCUUGGUUGACACCACUUGUUAUGCAAAUGUACAAACAUGAAGACGAAAAUGUGGACGACACUGACAUUUGGCACUGCUCUGACCUUGAGAAAUGCAAAGUCAAUACUGACAGAUUGGAGGAAAUUUGGGACGAGGAAAUUAAAAAGAACGGGAAAGAAAAUGCUUCUUUUAUGAGAUGCUGGUGGAAGUUUUGUUAUGGUCGGUUUCUCUCUAGUUUACUUGGAGUCAUCGUAAAUGCUGUGGCAACAUUUUUAGUUUCGGGACUGCUCUUAAAAGAGAUAGUAUCCUACAUUGAAACAUCUGACAGUAAUAUGAUACUUGGUAUUGGACUCAUUAUAUCGAUGUUAGUAGCUAAUAUUGUUAGAGCAGGCUCAUUCUGCUUUAUUAUGGUGUUUGCUGCUCAAACAGGUGCACGAUUUCGGGCUGGAUUUCUAGGAAUUGCCUACCGAAAACUUCUGAAACUGAAAAAAGUCAAAGGAAAAGAUUUAUCACAGAUAAUAACGAUAUUUGGUGGAGAUGCUUACCGUGUGUAUUUUAAUUGUCUACUAUUUGAGUAUUUGCUGGCAUUACCAGUGUAUUUGAUCAUUGCCAUAGCGUAUUUGUAUUAUCUUAUUGGAACAUGGUCUUUUCUGGCCAUUGCUGUCUUUGUUGUUGGCUAUCUAAUUCAGCUACUUUUGGCCAAGUGUGGACAAUUUUCAAGAGAGAAGCAAUUACUAUUUACUGAUGCACGGGUGAGAAAAAUAACAGAAGUUUUAAAUAGCAUUAAAUUCAUUAAGAUGUAUGCAUGGGAAAACUCAUUCAACGAUACAAUACUACAAAUACGAAAACAUGAGAGGAAUUUUUUAUUACUAUCUGCUACUAUAAGUUCUAUAGGGAGUGCUAUCAUACCCGUUUUACCUACAUUUGCUUCAAUAGUGAGCAUCGCAGCAUACCAAGCUACAGGACAUGACAUAUCAGCUUCAACGGCUUUUGCCGUAGUUGGAACCCUUCAUUUCUUCAGAAUUAUUGUGAUAUUUACACCAAUUUGCUUUCGAAUGCUCAGUGAGGUUCAAGUUAGUUUUGAUCGAAUGAAGAAUCUACUCCUUGAAGAGGAAUUUCUUCCACAUAAUUGUAAAUGUAAAGAUGAGGAGAAUGCUGUUGAAAUUUCUGAUGGGUUCUUUCAAUGGGAUGCACCACCAGACGACUCAACAGUUAAAGGAUACACUAUUGAAGGACUUAAUUUAGUCAUACAAAAGGGGAAACUAACAGCAAUUUGUGGACCGGUCGGAUCAGGGAGAUCUUCAGUUCUUUCUGCAAUCCUUGGAAGGAUGCCGAUGAUAUCAGGAAAUGUAGCAAUUGAUGGAAGCAUUGCAUAUUCAUCUCAGCAGGCAUGGAUUUUUAACGACACCUUGAAAGAAAACGUUCUAUUCGGGAAACCAUCUGAUGAAAACAAAUUUAAAGAAGUAGUGAAUGUUUGUGGACUAGCGUCAGAUAUUUCUAACAUGAACAACGGUGAAAACUCAGAGAUAGGUGACAGGGGAAUAAAUAUGAGCGGAGGACAGAAACAACGAGUUAGUCUCGCUAGAGCUGUAUAUAGUGACAGUGAUAUAUAUCUUCUUGAUGAUCCGUUGUCUGCAGUUGAUGUCCAUGUUGGAAAGCAUUUGUUUAAUGAAUGCAUAAAAAAGAAGCUUUGUGGGAAGACUAUUAUUCUGGUUACACAUCAAUUGCAGUAUCUACAAUUCUGUGACGAAAUAGUUGUUAUAGAAAAUGGGAAAAUAACCGAGAGAGGACAUCAUGAAGAAUUAAAUCAGAUUGGUGAUGGAUACUACAAAUCGAUGAUAGAGAAGUAUCACUGUGUAGAGCAAAACGAGAUUACCUCUCCUAGUGAUAUUACAAUGGUAGAUGCAAAGAAAGACGAACCAACAGUAGACAGUGAUGAUAAGCAACACGAGCCAGGCAAACAAACAACAGAAUCUGACAAUAACAAGACAAAUGAUAAGGAGAAAGGAAAGCUAACAGAAAAAGAGGACUUGGAAAAGGGAACUGUCAAAUUUAGCACUUACACAGGUUACAUAUCGGCUGCUGGCGGUGCACUCAUCUCCAUUGUCGUGUUAAUUUUGUUUGCAGCAUCUACUGGGUCUGUAGUAUUUAGCGACUGGUGGCUAAGCAUAUGGAUAAAUUCCUUAUCUAAGGAAACUCUGCUGGAAUCUAGAAACCUAACAACAAGUGAAACAUUACUAAUGACAACACCUGUUACAAAUUCAACCACAGGAUCAUCAGACAAUACAAGACAGGGUGAUGUCUAUUUUCUAGUUUAUGUCGGUACAAUUGGUGGAAUUAUAGUUUUAACAAUCAUUCGAGGGUUUAUCGGUGCUGUGGUGACAAUACAAGCAUCCGUCCAACUCCACAAAAGGGCACUACGAGCAGUUUUAUUAGCUCCGAUGCAUUUCUUUGAUACUAACCCUACUGGUAGAAUACUCAAUAGAUUUUCUAAAGAUACGGAUGAAGUUGACGUUUUCCUACCACAACGGAUUGAUGGUAUACUACAAAUAUUGAGUACUGUGGUAAUCUCCUUAGUAUCAGCCGCCGUGGUAAUACCAUGGAUACUUAUAGGAGUUGUUCCAGUUCUCAUCGCCUUUGCUGUUUUGAAAAACAUUUUUAAUGCAUCAACUAGACAAAUGAAAAGAUUAUCAAAUGUUGCAAACUCUCCAUUAUUUGCCCAUCUCAACACUACAACUCAGGGAUUAUCUACAAUAGAGGCGUAUCAAGAGAGGAACAGCUUUAUCGAAAAGUCAGAGAAGCUGAUUGAUGUGACCACUACGACUUCUUUACUGUAUGAUACAAGUAUGAGAUGUAUAGGUUUGUGGUUAGAUUUGAUAACAUCUAUAAUAGUAGUAGUAACUGCAGCUGUGCUCGUCAGUACCAAAGGAUCAGUCAACCCAGCUUUAGCAGCCCUUGCCCUGACUUUGUGUCUAAAGGUUGUAGGCUUGAUGCGUGAAACAGUUCGAAUGAUGAAUGAAGUGGAAGCAAAGUUUACCUCAGUGGAAAGAUUAAAUCAUUAUAUUAAGAAUAUAGACGUUGAACCUAGCUCAUUUCAGUGUAAACCAAAUGAUCAAUGGCCAAGUAAAGGAGACAUUAAGUUUUCUGAUGUAGAAAUGACGUAUCGAGAAUCAUUAGCACCUGUUUUAAAAAACAUUUCAUUUGAUAUUCAACCAGAACAAAAAGUAGGCGUUGUUGGACGAACUGGUGCAGGUAAAUCGUCUCUCAUUGCUGCGCUAUAUCGACUUGUGGAAUUGAAGAACGGAUCUAUUAACAUAGAUGGAAUGAAUCUAUCGUUAAUUCCGCUUAAUGUUUUACGAUCUAGAUUAUCAACUAUUCCACAAGACCCGGUUAUGUUUUCUGGAACUUUGAGGUAUAAUCUAGAUCCUUUUGACAAUUAUACAGACGAUGAAUUAUGGAAGAGCCUAGAGAAAGCUCAUAUAAAGAAAAAAAUACUGCAAUUAGAUAAAGGAUUACAAUUACAUAUAGAAGAGAAUGGCGAUAAUUUUUCUGUUGGAGAAAGACAGCUUAUAUGCCUGGCUAGAGCAAUCUUAAGAAAACGAAAGAUACUAAUUCUAGACGAAGCUACAGCUUCUGUUGACACUGAUACCGACUCACUGAUUCAAAAGACAAUCAAAGAAGCAUUUUCUGAUUGUACUGUACUAACAAUUGCCCAUAGAUUGAAGACUGUAAUGAAUUCUGAUCUUUUGAUUAUAAUGGAUAAUGGCAAUAUCAUAGAAACUGGUAAACCUGAAGAUCUUCUUGCAGUCUCAAGUUCUCAUUUAAAUGGAAUGAUAACAGCAGAGACCAGUAUAUCAAAUGCAUGAAUGAACGAGAGGAAAUUU